CGCUGUCGCGAUCCCUGAGGAAGGACCGAGCCUGUGCGGAAAGAAAACAGUGUGAAAGAUCCAGGACUGCCCUUCUGUUUCUCAUCCAGCUGUUGUGGCCUGUAAGAUGUCAUUCCGCCACGGGCUGCGACUGCUAUACAGUCAGCUGUCUCUGUUCUCUAGAGAACUAAACAGACCUUGGUGCAGAUACGUUUCCAACAGUUUGGCACUUAGCUCAGAGAAAAGAGCAUCAGAUUUCAAUAGCUUUGUGGCUCGGACCAACACUUGCGGAGAGUUGCGUUCUGCUCAUGUGGGCCAAGAGGUCACCUUGUGUGGAUGGAUUCAGUACCAAAGACAGGGCCUGUUCCUGGUUCUGAGGGACUUCCAGGGUCUGACACAAAUCAUCAUUCCGCAGGAUGAGGCACAUUCCCAUGUUAAGAAGGUCUUGUAUGAUGCCCCUGUGGAAUCUGUUGUGAGGGUAACUGGGACAGUCACCUCUCGGCCCCCAGGGCAGAAGAACCCGAGAAUGCCAACAGGUGACAUUGAAGUGAAGGUGAAGACAGCUGAGGUCCUGAAUUCCUGCAAGAAGCUGCCCUUUGAAAUUAAAGACUUUAUCAAGAAAUCUGAGGCCUUGCGCAUGCAGUAUCGCUACUUGGACUUGCGCAGCUUCCAGAUGCAACAUAACCUGCGACUGAGAUCGCAGAUGGUUAUGAAAAUGCGGGAGUACCUCUGUAAUCUCCAUGGGUUUGUGGAUGUAGAAACUCCAACACUGUUUAAGAGAACUCCAGGGGGUGCGAAGGAAUUUGUGGUACCUUCCAGGGAGCCUGGAAGGUUUUACUGUCUGCCGCAGAGUCCUCAGCAAUUUAAGCAGCUCCUGAUGGUUGGAGGUCUGGACAGGUACUUUCAGGUCGCCCGUUGCUAUCGAGAUGAAGGUUCAAAGCCAGAUAGGCAGCCGGAAUUCACGCAGAUCGAUAUCGAGAUGUCGUUUGUAGACCAAGCUGGGAUCCAGAGACUGAUUGAGGGCCUGCUCCAGUAUUCCUGGCCUAAUGAGAGAGGCCCUAUUACCACCCCUUUCCCUUCCAUGAGCUAUGCUGAGGCAUUGGCUGAGUAUGGGACUGAUAAGCCAGACACUCGCUUUGGUAUUAAGAUAAUUGAUGUCAGUGACGUGUUUAGGAGUGUGGAAAUCGGAUUUGUGCAGAAUGCUGUCAACAAGCCCCAAGGCACUGUCAAAGCCAUUUGUAUUCCUCAGGGAGCGAGACAUCUUCAAAAUAAAGAUUUUGAGUCUUUAAAGGAAUCUGCAAAAUCCCAGUUUAAUCAGGAAGUUUUACACUUGAGCCUGAAGCCUUAUGAGAGCUUGAAGUCUCCACUCAGUAAGUUUCUCAGUGUGGAGCAGCAUUCGGAACUCAUCCAAGCACUGAAGGUCCAGGCAGAUGAUGUGGUGCUGCUGGCAGCUGGAGAGCAUGAAAAAGUGUGCUUGGUGUUAGGAAAUAUGCGCUUGGAGACUGCGAACCUUCUGGAGUCGAGAGGCCUGGUGCUCCGUGAUCCCACUGCUUUUCACUUCCUGUGGGUGGUGGAUUUCCCGCUAUUCCUUCACAAAGAAGAAAACCCUGCAGAACUGGAAUCUGCUCAUCACCCCUUCACAGCCCCUCACCCCUCAGACACCAGCCUCCUCUACUCUGAGCCUGCAAAGGUCCGUAGCCAGCACUAUGAUCUUGUGCUGAAUGGCAGUGAGAUUGGAGGUGGCUCCAUCCGAAUCCAUAAUGCAGAGCAGCAACGUUUUGUUCUUGAGACAGUGCUGAAGGAGGAUCCUGAGCUGCUUUCCCACCUGCUUGAGGCUUUGAAGUGUGGAGCGCCCCCUCAUGGAGGAAUCGCUUUAGGACUUGACAGACUGAUCUGUCUCGUGGCUGGAGCUCCAAGUAUUCGAGAUGUCAUUGCAUUCCCCAAAUCCUUCAAGGGACGUGACCUUAUGAGCAACGCUCCAGAUUACAUCACCCCUGAGGAGCUAGAGCCAUACCACAUCCAGGUUGCAUGGCCUGCUGCAGAAGCAGAGGCAAACAAGAACUGACUCAAAGCAAGCGAUUGUAGCUGACUCUACUAUCGGCAUUGUUCCCACUCUGCCUUCCAAGGGCAGAAAACAUCAGCUGAUGUAG